UGAAAAUAUAUUUGUAAUUGAAUUGCAUGAAGCGAUUGAAGUGGUGUAUGUGUCACUAAUAUAAUUGCCCGAAGCGAUCUAAGAUCUAAAAUGGGGCUACUUUCAAGGGGCUAUUCCACCGCCUUUUUGGUCUUACUUAGAAAACUCUGAAAUGUGUGCUAGUACUAUGCAGUCCCCUGUUGAUAUUAAAACAAACGAUGUGGUCACAAACAACAUCAUUGAACCAUUUGAUCUCUCAGAACUUACAGAAACAUCAGGAAUAAAAAUGGAAAUGACCAAUACUGGGCUGGCAGUUAAUGUAGACUUUCCCGAUUACCAGCCAACAAUUCAAGGAGGGGGUCUCCCAGGGCCCCACAAACUGUCAGGAUUUCAUUUCCAUUGGGGACGUAACAGUGGACGGGGUUCUGAGCAUACCAUAAACGGAUAUAAGUUUGCAAUGGAGGCUCAUUUUGUGUUUCUUCCAACAAACGAUGAAGCAAAAAACUUUGCAGCAGUGCUUGGAGUAAUGAUUUAUGCUGGCAGUUACAAUCCAAAUUAUGAACAAAUAGUUUCUAAGCUCAAAGACAUAAGAAAUAAUGGUGAUAAGGUAGUCUUGGACAACUUUCCAAUUAUGGAUCUGUUACCGAAAACCACAGGCUGUUGGUACAGAUAUUGUGGGAGUUUAACCACGCCCCCGUGUACAGAGACUGUAAUAUGGACUUUGUUUGAAAAUAGCAUUUCUAUAUCAGAACACCAGUUAAACGAAUUCCGGGAAUUGAUGGGAGAACCAGACGUAUUUACAGAAGGGGACAACUAUAUAGUGGAUAAUUUUAGACCCGUACAGCCGUUGUUGCAACGCAAAGUUGCAUUAAGCUGCCCGUGCAGUAAAAGGAAUCCUUUUAGACAAAAUCUUCGAGAAACACAGGAUUACGGUUGCAUCAACCAUGAAUACGGGUUCAAGAGGAACCAUCAGACGUACUCUCCUUAUUCAUCUGGUUCAGAUAUUUGUCAAUUGUUUGAAUAUUUGAUGCGGAAAUAGUUUGUCUAUGAUUUUUGAACUACCAUAAGAUGCAGAAAGAUGACAAGAG